AUGGCAGAUCAAUACAUACCUCCUCAAGUCACCGAUAGCAUCCGCUUUGAAGGUGUACUUGAGAAGUUUUUGAGCCAUACAACCGUAUCAUUGAAGAAAGUAGGCGUCAUUCCCGUAGCUUGGAGAACGAUGGCUGGUUACCUUAAAGCCGUUAUUAGAGACGAUUGUUUCAAGCUCAAGUUGUUGAGGCAAGAGUUCAAGCAGAAAGAUCACCAGCUCGACCAUUUAUUCGAAGUCCAGUACUUCGUUGCUACAUUUUUGCAUACCGUUGCGCAGUUUAUUUGCACAGAAAAUAUCUCCUUCAAACCUGAUAUCACGGACAUCUCAUUUGCAGUUAUGCUCAUAAACUCGAAGGCCAAUCUUUAUCCCAUGAAAAUAUUUGAGCACAAGGUCAAAACGGCGUUCUUUAGAGCGGCUCAAAUUAAAAAACUCAAUGGAGAGCCACAGUACCUCGACGCGAACCUUAGCGCCCUUUACAACUACCUAAUGGAAAAAGGAAUCAUAUAUUGUGACUACUUGACGAAGCAAGUAAAGAUCUCUGUCAAUGAUCAGAGUCACACGAACCCCAUGUUCAAGAAGAUGUUCGUCGACAAUCUUGCAGCAAGUCCGUUCUGUCAGGUUUCCGAAUGGCAGGAUAUCUUCAAAAAAUUACGGGAUUUCAGUACACCAUUUUCGACAACGAUAAGCAGCAAGAACUAUAUUCCGCAGCCAUGGAUAGACGACAACGUCGUCUAUGACAGCAUUGGCGAUCACCUUGCAUCUCAGCCUCUCGCUCACUCGGAGAAAGAUUUUCACGAGGCGAUACAACCGUAUAAUCCUGACUACGUAUACGUUUCCAUAGGUAUAGAGUUGGCUCCAAUGUCUCCUGAGAAAUUGAAGUCGAUGGGGCUGGUGAAGGAAGAUGGGUGGCUGGAUUGA